AUGUCUGCCGAUCCACGGCUGCGCGGUAAGGCUGCGCCUGUUCCGCCGCCGCCGCCGCCUGAUGACUCGCCCGCCGCCUCCGUCGAUGGUGCUCAGCCGGUGGCGCAGUCUGCACCCAACAAUGAUCCUGACGGCAGCUUCAAGCUCAAGUUCUGUACCGUGUGCGCCAGCAACAACAACAGAUCCAUGGAAGCCCAUCUGCAACUCUCAACCGCUCAAUACCCCGUCAUCUCCUUCGGCACCGGCUCCCUCGUGCGUCUCCCGGGUCCGAGCAUAUCCCAGCCGAACGUCUACGCCUUCAAUAACACAACCUACGACGCCAUGUAUCGGGAGCUCGAGUCCAAAGAUGCUCGUCUAUACCGCGCCAACGGGAUCCUCAACAUGUUGGACCGCAACCGUAAUACCAAGCGCUAUCCUGAGCGCUGGCAAGACUGGCGCGUCGGUGUACCGCGCGUGAAUCACAAGGAGGACAAGGGUGCCAUUGGGGUUGAGGGCGGCGUGGUGGAUGUUGUCAUCACUUGCGAGGAGCGUUGUUGGGAUGCUGUUGUGGAUGAUUUGCUCAACAGAGGCAGUCCUCUCAAUCGUCCGGUCCACGUCUUUAACGUUGAUAUCAAGGACAACCACGAGGAGGCCCUCGUCGGUGGUAAAGCCAUUCUCGAUCUAGCCACCAGACUCAAUGAGGCCGCGAAGGAGGAAAGAGCAUUGAAGGGUCCUCAAGGCUGGGAUCGAGGCCAUGGCACUGCUAGAGUCGGCUUUGAUGAGCGUGUACCGGAUAUUCUCGGUAGCUGGCAAGAAAAAUGGCCCAAUCUCCCUGCACUUUGGACUCUAGCCUGGUUCUAG